CCUGGGGUUGCGCGAGCUCGGGGUACCAGGCCUGGCCGGACGAGAAUCCAAAGCCACCUUGAGUACAUUCUCCACUGGCGUGCUGCCCAGCGCCAUGCUUUGCGCCUUUCUCGCGGCUUUUCUGAGACGGUCUUUUGUAGCCCGGGCUGUGUUCGAACUCGGUAUCUAGCCAAAGAUGACCUUGAACUUCGGAUCCCCCUGCCUCUGUCUCCCGAGUGCUGGAGUGACGGCCGUGCUUCCCGGUGCCGGGUUUACGCGAUGCAGUGGAUGGAACACAGCCCUGCGCUGGUUCCAGGGCAGUGAUGGAGAAAUUAAGUACUUGCAGUUGGCAGAAGAGCUAAUUCGUCCCGAGAGAAACACACUGGUUGUGAGUUUUGUAGACCUGGAACAAUUUAACCAACAACUUUCUACCACAGUUCAAGAGGAGUUCUAUAGAGUCUACCCUUAUCUGUGUCGAGCCUUGAAGACCUUUGUCAAAGACCGAAAAGAGAUCCCUUUUGCCAAGGAUUUUUAUGUUGCAUUUCAAGACCUACCCACUAGACAUAAGAUUCGAGAGCUCACCUCGUCCAGGAUUGGGCUGCUCACCCGCAUCAGUGGGCAGGUGGUACGCACUCACCCAGUUCACCCUGAACUUGUGAGUGGAACUUUCCUAUGCCUAGACUGUCAGACAGUGAUCAGAGAUGUAGAACAGCAGUUCAAAUACACACAGCCAAACAUCUGCCGAAAUCCAGUGUGCGCCAACAGGAGGAGGUUCCUGCUGGACACGAAUAAAUCGAGAUUUGUUGAUUUUCAAAAGGUUCGUAUUCAAGAGACUCAAGCAGAGCUUCCUAGAGGAAGUAUCCCCCGAAGUUUAGAAGUCAUCCUGAGAGCGGAAGCUGUAGAGUCAGCCCAAGCCGGUGACAAGUGUGACUUCACAGGGACACUAAUUGUUGUGCCUGAUGUCUCCAAGCUUAGCACACCAGGAGCACGUGCAGAGACUAACUCUAGAGUCAGUGGAGUUGAUGGAUAUGAGACGGAAGGCAUUCGAGGACUCCGGGCACUUGGGGUCAGAGACCUGUCGUACAGACUAGUCUUUCUUGCCUGUUGUGUUGCGCCAACCAAUCCAAGGUUUGGAGGGAAAGAGCUCAGAGAUGAGGAACAGACAGCUGAGAGCAUUAAGAACCAAAUGACAGUAAAGGAGUGGGAAAAAGUCUUUGAAAUGAGUCAAGACAAAAACCUGUAUCACAAUCUCUGUACCAGCCUCUUCCCUACCAUACACGGCAAUGAUGAGGUAAAACGAGGUGUCUUGCUGAUGCUGUUUGGUGGUGUUCCAAAGACAACAGGGGAAGGGACCUCUCUUCGAGGAGACAUAAAUGUUUGCAUUGUUGGAGACCCAAGUACAGCUAAGAGCCAAUUUCUCAAGCACGUGGAGGAGUUCACUCCGAGAGCUGUCUAUACGAGUGGCAAAGCCUCCAGUGCUGCUGGCUUAACAGCAGCUGUGGUGAGGGACGAAGAAUCUCAUGAGUUUGUCAUUGAGGCUGGAGCAUUGAUGCUGGCUGAUAACGGUGUGUGUUGUAUUGAUGAAUUUGAUAAGAUGGAUGUGCGGGAUCAAGUUGCUAUUCAUGAAGCUAUGGAACAGCAGACCAUAUCUAUCACAAAAGCAGGAGUGAAGGCAACUCUGAAUGCUAGGACAUCCAUUUUGGCUGCAGCAAACCCUGUGAGCGGACACUACGACAGAUCGAAGUCACUGAAACAGAACAUCAAUCUGUCGGCACCCAUCAUGUCUCGAUUUGAUCUGUUCUUUAUCCUAGUGGAUGAGUGCAAUGAGGUGACAGAUUAUGCUAUUGCCAGGCGUAUAGUGGACUUACAUUCAAGAAUAGAGGAAUCAAUCGACCGUGUUUACUCCCUUGAUGAUAUCAGGAGGUAUCUUCUCUUUGCACGACAGUUUAAACCCAAGAUUUCCAAAGAGUCUGAGGACUUCAUUGUGGAACAGUACAAACGCCUCCGCCAGAGGGAUGGCUCUGGAGUCACGAAAUCCUCAUGGAGAAUCACUGUGCGGCAGCUCGAAAGCAUGAUCCGCCUCUCCGAAGCCAUGGCCCGUAUGCACUGCUGUGACGAGGUCCACCCUAAACAUGUGAAGGAAGCUUUUCGGUUACUGAAUAAAUCAAUCAUCCGGGUAGAAACACCUGAUGUCAAUCUAGAUCAAGAGGAGGAGACCCAGAUGGAAACAGAUGAGGGGCCAGAUGGGAUCAAUGGUCAUGCUGACAGCCCUGCCCCUGUGAAUGGGAUCAACGGCUACAGUGAGGAUGCCAAUCAGGAGUCUGUUUCCAGGCCCUCUCUGAGGUUGGGCUUCGCUGAGUACUGCAGAAUCUCUAACCUCAUUGUGCUCCAUCUCAGGAAGAUGGAAGAAGAGGAGGAUGAGUCAGCAUUAAAGAGGAGUGAGCUUGUUAACUGGUACUUGAAGGAAAUCGAGUCAGAAAUAGACUCUGAAGAGGAACUCAUAAAUAAAAAGCGGAUCAUAGAGAAAGUCAUUCAUCGACUCACACACUACGAUCACGUUCUGAUUGAACUUACCCAGGCUGGACUGAAAGGCUCCUCCGACGGAAGUGAGAGCUAUGAGGAAGAUCCCUACUUAGUAGUUAACCCUAACUACUUGCUUGAAGAUUGAGAUAUUGAAAGGCAACUGGCCAGAACCAAGGACCUGUGGCACCCCAUCUCCAGUUUGGAGCCUGGGUGGAGCUCCAUGAGAGACAGUGUUUCUAGGAAUUCAGGACAGUCUUGAGGUAGGAACGAGAGCUGGGUUGAUGGCCAUGUGUGUCACAUUCCUGUCUUGUGCUUUCCUAACAGCAGAGGUCUUAGCACUUUCUGUGCUGCUUGUCCUAAUAAAGUUGGAACCCAGUCACAUGCAUUCUGUAAGGCCUUUGUCUUCGUGUGUAAAAGGCCUGCUACUUUUAUCAUACAUGUAUCUUAUCAAGGAAACUGCCUUUUUUUCCAAUUGCCAAGUGCUACUUUUAUUCAUGAAAAUAAAAUAAUGUGUUCUGCAA